CACACUUCCUCCUCCCGCCGCGAGCGAGCGAGCCAGGGGCUGAGAUGUCCCAGCGCGCGCCGCCGGCAGAGCCGGGCUGCCCCUUCCCAGGGAUGGCUGGUUGGGAGGUAGAUGAUUAAGCUGCAGACAUGGAAGGGAAAGGACCCUACCGCAUCUACGACCCUGGUGGGGGGACACAGGAAGAGGCAGCUGCAGCCUUUGAGCGGCUGGUGGAGGAGAACACCCGGCUGAAGGAGAAGAUGCAGGGGAUAAAGUCUCUAGGAGAACUGCUGGAAGAGUCCCAGAUGGAAGCAUCGAAGCUGCGACAGAAGGUGGAGGACCUCGUGAAGGACAAUGAGAUGCUGAAGUCGUCUUCCUCUUUCGACAAACUGCCUGAAAUAACAGGAGGUGAUUCAGAGCCACACCUGUCCCCCGCGGGUCCAGGCAAAGUUGAGAAGGAGCCGGAUACAGACCCUCAGAAGCCUCCAUCCACUGGAUCCUCGUCAGAGUUCGAAAUUGUAUCUGGUGAGGACAAGAGGUUUUCCCAGGAGAGCAGGAAGUUGGAUGCAGAGCUGCAGAACGAGGACACUAACCUGAUGCUGCACCUACAGCGGCUGGAAAGCACCCUGAGCGUCUUUGCCGAGGAGCCGGACAAGAACCAGGUCUUGGCUCACCUGGGGCGCAUGGCCCUGGAGUUUAACCGCCUGGCCUCCAAAGUGCACAAGAACGAACAGAAGACGUCCGUUCUGCAGACGCUGUGUGAGCAGCUACGUAAUGAGAACGAGGACCUGCGGGCAAAGCUGGAGAAGGAUUUGGAGCAGAGGAACCAGGCUACGGAGAAGCUUAGGUGUGAGAACCUGGAGCUGAAGAAGAUGGUGAUGAUGAGCAACAAGGUGGGCGUGAAAAGGGACGGUGUGGAGAACGCUGGCCAGCAGCAGAGUGGAGCGCUGGCAGAGAAAGCAUCGGGCAAGGGCGUGCCAGGGGCCAGUGAGAAGAAGGUGAAGAUCCUCGAGCAUCAGCGCAAUGAGCUGCUGGAGGUGAACAAGCAGUGGGAUCAGCACUUCAGGUCCAUGAAGCAGCAGUAUGAGCAGAAGAUCACAGAUCUGCGCCAGAAGCUGGCGGACUCCCAGAAGGCGCUGAAUGAGCUGGAGGCAGAGCGGGAGCCGAAGCAGAGGGACUUCGAUCGCAAGCUUCUCCUGGCGAAAUCCAAGAUUGAAGUGGAGGAGGCAGAAAAGGAGAGGCUGGCCGGGGAGGUGAGGGAUCUGAAGCAGAGACUCAAGUUUCUGCAGGAGCAGCUGACACCGGUCACCAAGCAAAGGGAGUACCAGGAGAAGGAGAUCCAGAGGCUAAACAAGGCCCUGGAGGAGGCCCUGAAUGUCCAGGCCUCUGCUUCUGCCCCUUCUGCACUCAGUAACGCCACGGAGCCGGGCGGGAACAUGAGACCACACGAGCUGCUGACCCAGAACGAGCUCCUGAAGCAGCAGGUGAAGAUCUUCGAAGAGGACUUCCAGCGGGAGCGGCGCGACAGAGAGAGAAUGAAUGAGGAGAAGGAAGAGUUGAAGCAGCAGCUGGAGAAACUUAAGAAGCAGUUAACAGUCUCCAACAACCAGCUGCGGCUCUUCAAGGACGACUGUCAGCGAGAGAAGGAGGAGAAGGAGAAACUGAAGAAGCUGCUGAAGCAGCACAAGCAGGUUUCUGGAGAGAGGCUGCACCCAGAGCCGGUCCCAGGGCCUCUCGGCCCUGCCUGCCCCAUGUACCAAUUCCAAUAUAGCCCUCCAGUGCCCCACCACGUCUACCGUGGCUACGAGGACUGGCAGCAAAUCCGGUACCCGCCUUCAGCAAUGCCGGGCGACCAUCCACCAGUGCAAAACUUCCACCACUUCCCUCCUCCAGAAUACACCUGGCGCCCACCUUGUGCUGUGUCCAGGGCCCAGAACUCCCAAGCAGUGGAGGGAGUGAAACCGCUGCCCAAGGAAUCCGAACCUGCAGGGCUUGGGUUACCAAAAAAACAAAGGCCGGUUUAGCUGUGGGCCAAUGUCAGAAGAAGAGGGGGCGGGGAGUGUGCGCGCCUGAGUGUCUCUAGACCCUGCCUCCUGCUAGUUAUCCCUGUUCACACAUUGUGUAUGUAACAGCAGAUCCUUGACGGGCUGGGAUGUCUCCCUCCGGAGCUGCUGAAGAGAGAACGCCCCGUGCCCUGCGGAGCUGCUGAGGAGCAAGUCGCGUGGGUGCUUCCUUGGAAUCCCGGCCUACAGGGGUUGUGCAAAUGGCCACGUGUGGUGAUCUUGUUCCUAGCCAUGUCGCUUGGGUUUUAAUUUGAUUCCCAGCCUUGCAUUCUGCAGCAGCACCUGCUGGGAGCCUCCCAUUUCCUAUGUUUCAACAGAGCCUUCGGUGGAGGAUUUUGCUGCAGCCUGGUUUUGUAUUUUAACGUGUAUUUGCUGGCUGACCCCAGAGACUUUCCCCGUCAAAUAGUGUAGGUGGGAGAGCCGCCCCAUACAAUCCCAUGACGAGCAGAGAGGCCAGCUGAACAGAUGUCUGAUACCCUGGAUAGAUGGGUGGGGAAGAGGGUUUAAUUGUUUGUUGUUCUUUUCAUAGUUAAAAAGAAGCCAAGCUGAAGCUAACCUGAAUCCAUUGGUUCAUGUCACUUACCUGUGAACACUCUCUAGGACUAAAGUGAGCGCUCUGGCUUGAAUGGCUUUUAAAGUGUCCCGAGUCCAGGGGCCAAAUGUAAAUGUCUCUCGACGCUCCAUUGAAACUCGGGCGUGUAGCGCUUGCCCCAUGUAGAUACUGCCCAGCCCUCUGUACAUACAUAUACAUACACACUCGCUGUCUAUAGAAGAUGUGGCAACCCUCAUUCUCUUAUUAGAUUGACCUCACAGUCCAGUCUCUGAGUGAUCAGGGAGCCACAGGCCUAUGGUGUGCAAUAACUCUGCCUUUAUUGCUCCCAGGGAGCAGGCUGUGAACUCUACCCCUCUUCUCCCACAUCCCCGAAGCAGAGCUAACGAGCCGCCUUUCAGUAACGAGUUAAGAUUUUAGGGCCUGAUUCAGCAAAGUACUUUAAGCCCAUGUCUAACAUCAGGCGUGCUUUGAAGUCCGUGGGACCUCUCACCUGCUCAAAGGCAAGCGUGUGCUUAACUACCUUGCUGACCUGGGGACCCGAGGGAGAGGAGGAAAACCUGAUGGAAGCAGCAAACAAUAGACAAGUUCAUUUGUGGGCCCAGGCAGACCUGUUCUACUCCGUCCUGUUCUAUCCCACUGCAAUGUGCCCCUGGGCUUGCCCUGCCCGGGGUAGCUGUUGGAAGUGCUGGGGUAUGCUGAACAGGAGGCGCUGAGUACUUGCUGUUUAGUACUGACAGUGGCUUUGGAGGGGUGACGGGUCUUCCAAAGAAAAAAAUGACAAUGACACAAGGUCUGAGGACAGGAAAGGAAUGGCCGGGGUUCUGAUCCCUUGGUCUCCCUGAAGAGGCUAACGUGUCUGUUCUUAUGCGUGCGUAUUGUGUGUGCAGUGUAUUGUUGUCUGUAAUUAAUCUGCUGUAUGUUAAUGUUGACACGCAAAUGGUAAUGUGUACUUUGGGGGGCUCUCGCCCCUCCUUUCUUGUGGAUGUCACUUCCCCUCGUUCCUCCAAUUCCCUGUUAGCUGCUUGGGCUAGUUCUGGGGAACAGUGGACAGAUCUCUGCCCUUCUCUAUACUGUCAAACGAUAACUUGAAGGGAAGGGGAGAAGAGGAGCUUUUCACCCCAUCUUCUCUGCAGAGAAAACACCCAGCUCAUUGUCCCCCACCUUUUCCUCCCCUACUCCAUCUGCUUGGGUUUCCUUUCUGGGAUGUGAAUGGACUCCGGUCCCCUCCAGAUGCUGACAGUCCCUGGAAAGGGACUAACCCCAUCAGAGGGAGGUGCUGUGGGUCGUCGUAACCCUGGACAAUUGUAGGACAUAGGGGGGUAAAUUCAGGAAGUGAGCAGUAUGAUGGAGCACCCUCAGCUCCCUAAAACACUCGUGAGUCUUUAGCCCAAAGCUGGGGCCAUUAACUUGACUGUUGUCCGUGAUCACAUGGCACCCGUGUCCCCAAGAACCUGUAUCUGGCCAUCGCUGGCAUGUGACUGAGGGUUUCAGACUGUCAGUCUAAAGCGCUGUAUUUAGUGAGCUGGCCUCUGGUUCAUAGGAGCGGCCCCAUGGGCUUCCCAGGCACUGCUCACAUGUGCAAAGCAGCCGAUUUGGCCACGGGUGUGUGAAGACAAGGCUACCAACGUAACCCAGGCUAAUAGAAGCGGUUCCUUGUCCGCUUUUAGUGGCUGGUCCAUAUGUAGAGAUUUGAGUCUGCUUCUGCCUCCGAACUAAUGGACCUGCUCUUUUGGCUCAAAAUCUGCCCUGCCUGCAUACGCGUGCAUAAAAGGCUCCAUGAUUUGAUCUGCCCUGACAUCAGUCACUCGGCUCUGUGGGUCCCCUCGGGUCCUGCUGGCUUCCUGUGACUGUCCAGUUCUGCACCCACCGCCCUGUGUCUGGUUUUUUUCCAGGGUGGCUCCUAAGCAACCCAGCCUCUCGUUCCUUUGCUCUGGUUGCGCCCUGUCCCUUCAGUUCCCUGUUCACGUGGGUUAAAUCCCGUUCCUUACAGCUCUGGAUCUAGGCCUGGAUUCAUGUCAAUCGUGUAUGCGAAAAGCCAACCUUGCUCCAGAUGAAAACUAGUCUGAAGAGUGACGUCCCCGUAGGGCUCUGCCCUGAGGCUUUGGGAUCCACCAUUAAAUGUCUAGCUCUGGGCUGCCUUUCUAGCCGAUGGCUCUGUGUUUACUACACAUAGUGACCCGCGUUGUUAUUGCAGCUGAAAAGGGGUGAGGGGGCUAGUUUUUCUUACCCCAAUCCCCAUGGGUUCCUCACAUGGAGAAGACCAUUUCCAUGUAUUUGAGAUGUUUCGCCAUCCAUUUUGCCCACAUGUUUUGACAGGCUAAUGUUUUAAACUGAUACAAAUCCAGCCACUCAGCCUAGGUUUUGAAAUGCACCCUGUAUAGCAAAUAUCCUGGAAAACAAUACCCCUCCAUUCCCCCAGGGGGCAAACGUCUACCCCAGAGACGCAUGUACAAAUCUCUGACACGGGUUGCUUGAUUGGUUGGUUUCUGUGCAGAAAAAUUAUUAUGAAUUGUAACGAUAACUAUUCCUUUGCAAUACUCCUUAAUAAACUAUCUGGAGAUUUUUCCACCCCA